CACACGCUUAUAAUAUAUGUUAAGAGCGCAUAAACCAAAACAACAAGUUACGAGUACCACACUAUUCACACAAUUCGAACACUGCAGACUGCAGUAGGAUAGUUACGUUGAUUGGCACGCAGCAACACUAAACAGAUUUUGGUACAGGUACACGUAUAGUCAAAGGCCGUAGGUAUAUAUAGGUAGUAUCAUAUAUCUAAUAAUAUAAAAUAAUAUAUUUUACAAAAAAGUUCUUCAUCUGCAAUUCAUAUUUAAUAUAUAUUCUUAAAAUCUUGCGAUGUAUAUCCUUCAAUAAUACAUUUAUUCAACUUCUGACUUUUGGACUUUCAUACUUCAUAGCCUAUUCAUAUCUUUCCCUUUUAACCUAUAUUAUAAUGGAGACUUGCUUAGCAUAAUUACCCAAUCAUUUAUCCUUAGUACACAAACUAUCUUAAUACAAACUAUUAUUAACCUAUUCUGUGUAUAACAUUUUAAAAUCCAAUAAAUAAAUCGUAUGCGCAUUUAAACCAGGUGUUCUCUGAUCUUACUGAACAAAAACACACCCACAAAAUAUUUAUUAAGUUUUCAGAAAAUUUGCAUUUAUAUGUCUGUGCUAAUUUAAUGGUUUCCAACUCUUGUGACACUUCAACCCUGUGUAAUUAAUUAUAUCUGCUCGAAUAAAUUCCAUUCUCAUUUCGUAAUAACCGAAUAUUUGUCUUGGGAAAUGGACAUACCUCUUUUCUUCUUCUUAACAAUUUAUUAAACGCAUCAUCAUCCGAGUAUAAUUUUAUCAUUAUCAUUCAUUUAUUGCAUUCCACCGACGAUUAAUGUUCGUGUCAUUAACACGAUUCGUAUGCAAAUACCUUUAGCAAAGUCAAAAGGUGUGAAAAAAUUAGUAAAAAUUAGUGAAAAAAUUAGUAAAAAGGUGUGAAAAAAUUGGGAAAAAGGGGUGAAAAAAUUAGUAAAAAGGUGUGAAAAAAUCAGUAAUAAUUAGUGUUUCCAUAUUCAAUAUCGAUACAUAUUACUACAUAUCUGUUACAACUACUAAUACUGUCAUUUCCAGGUUUUAUUAUAAUAUUAAAAUUAGUCCGUGUCACGACUCACGAUGAAAAAAUGAAAAAUAUCUUUAAACGCGGUUCGAGUUCUUGUCUUAUUGAUAAUCUAACAACCCAUACAGGCCAACCGCUAAUUAUCGUGUAUUAGUAAUAACUACUAAUAAGUAUUCAGUAUUCAGUAAUCACUGUAUGAGUAUAAAAAUAAAUACGCUACUCAGUAUUGUACUAUUGACUAUUGUACUCGCCUAUACUUCGACUUCGACUAAAAUAUAAAGACGCGGUUAGGUUAAACUAACGCGACCAUUUUCAAGUUUGUACAAUCUGGUAUCAGUCUACAUUUUCCGUAUAGUACUGUUAGCUUUUUGAACACAUAAAAUAAUAAUAGUUUUUUGGUGUAAUAACAUGAACAAUUUUGGGUACGAAUAUUUUAAUUUUUCCUAUAUGAAAACAAAAAAACUUUUUUUAACUUAACUUGAGUUAAAAAGUUAAUAUUACAUUUUGGUUAACUCUUAACUUAGUUUAAUUGAUAGAACAUUUUGAAUUAACUUUUAACUAUUAACUUGAUUUAGAUUUUAAUUUAACUUAACUUCACUGAGUUAAAAAAUAUCAUUAACUUGCCCAGCCUUGUAAUAAAUAUAGUCCUCUGGUUCGUGGCUAAUUGGGAGACACCACUUAUGAGAGGUAGUGAGGUACAAUUGUUUUUAAACUUAUAAUACUCCUAUUGUAAUAUUAAGUAAUAAUAACAUAGCUGUUUAACAAGAAUAGAACUCAUUAAGUGCUUAAAAUGUAAAAUAUCAUGAUGAUUUUCAUGUUGUAAAUAUUUUCGUUUUUAAAGGCUUAAAACUCAGAGAUUCAACACUACCUCUCCCAAACAUUAGGUUUCUUAAUCAUUUAAAUACUGAACACUACAGGACCGUAUUAGCACAAGGAUCUAGGGCCUACGGUAGUGUUAAUCCGGGCCUGAACGGUUGUACCUAAUAAUAUGUAUUUGUAAUAUGUGUGUUAUACUGCUGACCCCACUUGUUGUAUUAAAUAUUAAUAUAGAAAUGUAAGUGGUCUCGCGUUUCUAUGGCUUACAAAAUAACAACUUUACCUACUAAUUUGAUUUUAAUUUCGUUUCUACCUCAAGAUUGGUAGGUAUUUGGUUGUAUACGUAUUACGUAUAUUAUGUUUAUUUGUUGUAUACCUAUACGAUGAGGUUUACGAUAUUAUUCCUCCAAAUUAUGUAUUUAGUAUUUCGAGUAGUUGGUGAAUCUAUUGGAUACCACUGUACGGGUUCAAAUAGUGGUAAUAUACAUUUUAAAUGCAUAAAAACACCGUGCAACGGAACUUGCGGAACGAUAAUCGACUACGUAGAUAAACCAGGACCGGACAUAGUUAUCGAUACCAACAAUAAGGUGCUGUUGAAUCUCGAAAUCGAAAACAUUUCUACUAUCCACGUGAUAUUUAUUAACUACGUUCGUGAUUCAGUAAAUUUAAAUAAUACAACCUAUCGUCUUUUGAAGCCAAUCGUUUUAAAAGUUCAGUUGGAUGGACCAAGAGAAUUAUACAAGUUACGUUUUAUAAACUACGUAAAUGGUGGGCCGACAGAAGAAGUGAUCAGUAAAGCGACCAGGAAUAAUUACUUAGGAUGUAAUUCUGGAAAUUUUAUCCCCACGUGUGGUAUACAGUAUUAUAACUUAAAUGAGCCGGUGCCUUUUUCGGAAGGUUUUUGUUGUUCGUGUCUCGAUUCGGUCAAUGUUGCUCGUCAACAAAGAUCAUCAGAGGUACUGAACAGAAAUAACAUUUCAAUAACAACCCACACUGAUGUCGUUGUUCAACCGAGGGGCGAGCAAGAUUGUACGAGCAUCAGUAGAAGUCCCGAAUACGCAAAUUCAUUUACUUACCACGAAAGUGCGCAUUGUUUUAGAUAUAGCGAUUUAUGGUUCAAUGUUUAUAAAGUAGAGAAAUUGGAAACGGUCUUACCACUGACACUGGAAUUAUUCAAAAAAAGCGAAAGUAGCGUUUACGUGCUCCACCAACAAUGUUUUUCGUCAUCAUCAUCCAACAACAAACUGACAAUUUUCAAGGAUUUAGUAUCGUACCGGGCUGAGGUCAAAGGUUUAAAUGAAACAGUCGAUAACGACCUAAUGGCCAUGUUUGUUCUGAUACCUCAGGAUGUGCCCAAAAAGUAUCAAAAUGGGCUCCCACACUUAAAAGAUCGAGGGGCCGGAAAGUACCUCGCGAUCCAUCCGAGUAGGAUGUCGAAAAACGGAGGUGCCGAAUGCGACCGAAUUGGAGUGGAACCAAUAGGUUUCUACGAGCAACCGGACAGGUGUUAUCGGCCUAGGGGCAGCUGUCUCGGCCGACAGCCUGUUCAACUGCUGCAGGAGCGAGAGGGAGACUGCGGCGGGGAACCAUUGGCGGGUGCCGGAAGUAGUCGUCUGUUCAUCGAAGACUAUGUGCAAGGUGACAUCAGUUUCGACAACGUCGCCGAGCACAUUGUCGUAGACCGUCUGUCGUUCUCGCCCGCGGCCGAAGCCUCUUUGUCCGUGCACAGCGUCGGAGAGAUCAGACUGGACGACAACGCCGUCGUCAAUGACAAGAUUUUGAUUCAGAUAAGCGAAAUACAUGCGAUUUUCGGUAAGGACUGUAAUAACACAGCAAAAUUGCGAGUAUUCGUGACGAAUUUGGGUCUGGAAACAGCAGAGUUCUUCAUCGAAGUUUCUAAUCAGUUUGACUUGAAAAAACACAAAAACCAACACAGGCAAGUAAUCGUACAUCCCCAACAGACCGGAAAGAUUAAUUUAGAGUUCGAAUGCCAUGCCAACGACUGUAGCCCAACUGUGCGAUUGUACAUCGACCACACCUCCGCUGUCUCAUUGGCGUCUAGAAAAUUCAAGGUCGUUCGUGAUUCCAGCUGCUACUGCCUGUGGCACAAACGGUGCAAGUGUUACCAGACUGAUUCACAAUAUUCCACCGGUGACAGAUGGUUGAGCCAGGCAGAGUACAAAAGUGCGGGGUUCCUAGGAGACGUGCCACCCAGAGCAGCGGUCACUCAGAUGGCCGUCAGAGACUGGGACACGCUGGUCGCCGGUCUGGUAUUGAUGAUCGGGUACCUAGUCUUGGCUCUGACUCUGGGCCUGCUCAAAGCUGUGUCACCAUACAGCAGCCACUGGCUAUGGAUGGUCGGAUCCGGUAAGCGACAGAUAAACGUGUACAAGGAACCGGAACUCAGACGGCGCCCAAUGAUCUGGGACGACCAUGGUUACUGCGUGCACCCCGUAACCAAGUCCCGAAACAUACGGCUGAUGGACAGCGGUCAGGAGUUCGUCGCCAACGCGCUGUUCUUUGUCUGCCUGCCGACCACGGUGUGCCGGUGGUUCUACAGCCAGACGAAGGAUUACCAUUCCUUGACUCAAAUCGAGCCUUCAUGCUCGUUUCUGGCCGACCAGAAGACCCACGAUGAUUCAUUUCAGCUGCAGGCCAGUGAUAGCGAUUUGCAGCGGGACACUAUCUGUAACAAUUCCCAGACUUCAAAGUCCAGUUCGCCGGAUUGCAAAGCGCUACUAGAUAGCUGACCAUACAUUAACCUGCUUUCAGUAGUACUUGAAGUCUUGAAGUAUGCCCCAUUUUAAUGUUCUCUACUUUAAUGCAUUAAUGUAAAUUAUAACAGUACGCAGUGGUCGGCAAGUUCCUUUCGAGCUCCCAUAUUAGCGUUUCAAAAACUACAGUUGAAAACUUAAAAAUGCAAAUUAUUGCAAAACAUUCCCACAGUCACUACCGCCCAAAAUCAUCGUUGUAAAAUAUUUUCUAAAACUCAAUUUAUGAAAGAAAGACACGUUUAAAAUCAUCGUUAGUACUUUUGGGUCAUUAUUAUAUUUUACCGGCCUUCACCGAAUAAAGCCGUAGUGAAUUUAAUUCUUUAAGUAAUUGUCCUACUUUGUUAUAUGAAUAAUAAAAUAACGAUUUUGUACCUAAUA